AUGGAGAAGGCAAAACAUGAACGAACGACUAUCAAAGGUCAACUUACGCGAUUCGCGACUCUUUUAAAUCAAGAACCCGUUAACGUUAGUAAUAUAAGAGUGCGGUUACAAAAGGCGGAGUUGCUUUAUGAUAAAUACGAGACGGCGCAAUCGAUCAUUGAAUUAGCGGUCGCCGACGAUGAAGACGCGCUAGGUGAGCAAGAAAAAGAUAGAGCCACAUUCGAGUCGAACUAUUAUAGCGCGAUCGCGAAAGCGCGAGGAAUUAUUGAACGCGCGAAUGGAACGGCGUCACGCGCAUCAGCCGACAACGCAAAUAAUCAAAAUACUCAACGAGCGGACGAUUCAGUUGGACAGAGUAUGAACGUGAAGAAACUAGAAGUACCUACAUUUAAUGAAAAGCUUCAUUGCUUAAAUCAAUCGGUUACCGGAGAAGCAAAACGCGCGAUCGCAGCCUUUACGUUAACAGCGGAUAACUAUGCAGCAGCAUGGGAAACGUUAAAGUCACGUUAUGAAGACGAGAACGAACUAUUAACUCACCACGUCAGAGGACUUUUCGAAGCACCGGCAGUCAAGAAUAAUUCUCAGAGUGAACUUAGAUUAUUGAUAGAUACGGUAUACAAUCAUUUAAAAUGCUUGAGUACGUUGGAAGAACCCGUUGAGUCAUGGAACACUUUGAUUAUGUAUUUACUUUGGUCAAAAUUAAAUGCCGAUAUGAAAAGAGAGUGGGAAAAGGAGAUAGCAACUAAAACUGAACGCGUUACAUUAAGCGAGUUUAAAAUCUUUUUAGAAAGGCAUUGCAAAUAUUUGUAUAAAACGGGAAAGAACUCGACACCUGCGAACACCUCGAACAAAGGAAAUAAGCCGCAAAGCAGCGGCACGAAACAAAUGAAAGCCUUUUCGACCAGCAGCAAGAGCUGUGUGUUAUGCAAGGGAGAGCACGCCAUUUACGCGUGCGAGGAGUUCAAAAAACUUCCUGCAUCAAUGCGGAUACAAAGGGUGCGCGAGCAUAAACUGUGUUAUAAUUGUUUAUCGAGCACUCAUCAAAACAUGCAGUGUACGUUUGGCCCUUGCAAAAAGUGUCGACGCAAACAUAACUCACUGCUCCACCUUGAGAAGCCAGCUGAGUCACCCGCAACUCCGCAACAAAUUGAACAGAUUAAUACGAGCGCAGGGGCUCAAAAGAACUUCAGUGUUCACUCCGCUCAGAACCGCGAAUCAUACGUGUUAUUAGCAACUGCGCGCAUCUAUAUAUUUGAUAAAUUCGGUAACAAGCACGAGUGUCGCGUACUUCUAGAUCAAGGAUCGCAACCGCAUAUUACUACUGAACUCUGUCAGCGGUUGGGUUUAUCGUGCAAAGAAGUAGGUAUAACUUUAUCGGGUAUAGAGCAGGGAAGUCAAAACGUACCGUUUCAAACGACAGUAAAGAUUAGCUCACGCGUUACUGAUUUUACUACAACUAUUACAUGCCUGGUACUUAAGAAAAUAAGCGACGAGCUACCUACGCAAAGAAUCGCAUCAUCGCGCAUCGAUGUGCCGAAAGGAAUUGAAUUGGCCGAUCCAGCAUUCGAUCAGAUUCAACCCAUUGAUAUGCUGCUUGGAACAGCAUUGUUCUACGAACUAUUAUGCGUUGGACAAAUCAAGUUAAAGGAAGCGAACCGUAUUUUCAGAAAACUUUACUCGGAUGGAUCGUUGGUGGCAACGUGCAGUUACCUGCACAACCAAAAGUCAAAGGAACAACUCUUAGAGAAAGAUCCAGCUGAACAACAUUUUAGAGAAACUAUAACGCGCGACGAAACGGGAAGGUUUGUGGUAAGCAUUCCGUUCAAGGAGACAGAACUUUCGCUGCUUGGACUUUCAAGAGAAAUGGCAUACAAGCGUCUAUUGUCUAUUGAAAAAAGGCUUGAUAAGUACCCUGAAUUAAAGAAACAGUACGUGGGUUUUAUGCAGGAGUACGAGAGGCUUGGAGACAUGACUGAGGUACCGCCGGAACUGUGUGAUGAUAGUAUACCACAUUAUUAUCUGCCUCACCAUUCAAUUAUAAAUGGAGAAAGCACUACUACACCAGUACGAGUUUUUUUGAUGGCUCAGCAACAACAACUACAGGCAUCUCACUUAACGAAGCACAGCAUAUCGGGAUUCCCGUCCAAGACGAACUUUUUUCUAUUUCGGUACGGUUUCGAAUCCAUCGGUACGUGA